GCCUCAGCCGAAAAGAAGUGGCCAGAGAGGCCCAGGGGACAGCUGGGGCCAGGCAGGCAUGCGGUCAGGGCUCCGCGGCCUGGACAGGGUCUGCCAGACCCCGUGACAGGAGGACCCCGAGCCUCGGCCCGGGGAGAGGCCAUGGUGCUGCCCUUCCGACAUGUCAGCCGAGGUACGGCUGAGGCGGCUCCAGCAGCUGGCGCUGGACCCCAGCUUCCUGGGGCUGGAGCCCCUGCUCGACCUUCUCCUGGGCGUCCACCAGGAGCUGGGUGCCUCCGACCUGGCCCAGGACAAGUACGUGGCCAACUUCUUACAGUGGGCGGAGCCCAUUGUGGCCAGGCUUAAGGAGAUCCGACUGCAGAGGGAUGACUUUGAGAUUCUGAAAGUAAUUGGACGCGGGGCGUUCAGCGAGGUAGCGGUGGUGAAGAUGAAGCAGACGGGCCAGGUGUACGCCAUGAAGAUCAUGAAUAAGUGGGACAUGCUGAAGAGAGGCGAGGUGUCGUGCUUCCGCGAAGAGAGGGACGUGUUGGUGAACGGCGACCGCCGUUGGAUCACGCAGCUGCACUUCGCCUUCCAGGACGAGAACUACCUGUACCUGGUCAUGGAAUACUACGUGGGCGGGGACCUGCUAACGCUGCUGAGCAAGUUUGGGGAGCGGAUCCCGGCCGAGAUGGCGCGCUUCUACCUGGCCGAGAUUGUCAUGGCCAUAGACUCAGUGCACCGGCUGGGCUAUGUGCACAGGGACAUCAAACCAGAUAACAUCCUGCUGGACCGCUGCGGCCACAUCCGCCUGGCGGACUUUGGCUCCUGCCUAAAGCUGCGGGAGGAUGGAACGGUGCGGUCGUUGGUGGCUGUGGGCACCCCGGACUACUUGUCUCCUGAGAUCCUGCAGGCUGUGGGCGGCGGACCUGGGACAGGCAGCUACGGGCCAGAGUGUGACUGGUGGGCGCUGGGUGUGUUCGCCUACGAAAUGUUCUAUGGUCAGACGCCCUUCUACGCGGACUCCACGGCUGAGACCUACGGCAAAAUCGUGCACUACAAGGAGCACCUGUCUUUGCCGCUUGCAGACAUGGGGGUCCCCGAGGAGGCUCGGGACCUCAUCCAGGGGCUGCUGUGUCCCCCGGAAAUUCGGUUGGGCCGGGAUGGAGCGGAGGAUUUCCGGAAGCAUCCUUUCUUCUUUGGCCUAGACUGGGAAGGUCUUCGUGACAGCGUGCCCCCUUUCACACCGGACUUCGAGGGUGCCACCGACACAUGCAACUUCGAUGUGGUGGAGGAUGGGCUCACUGCCAUGGUGAGCGGGGGCGGGGAGACACUGUCGGACAUGCAGGAAGGCAUACCACUGGGGGUGCACCUGCCUUUUGUGGGCUUCUCCUACUCCUGCUUGGCCCUCAGGGACAAUGAGGUCCCAGACCCCACACCCAUGGAACUGGAGGCCCAGCAGUUGCCUGAGCCACAUGUGCAAGUGCCCAGUGUGGAGCCCACAGUGUACCCACCAGAAGAAACAGCUGAAGUGCCAGAUCCACCAGCUGUCCCUGCAGCAGAGGAGACAGCGGCAGGGGAGGAGGUGACACUGCGGGAGCUCCAGGAAGCCCUGGAGGAGGAGGUUCGCACCAGGCAGAGCCUGAGCCGGGAGCUGGAGGCCAUCCGCACCACCAACCAGAGCUUCGCCAGUCAGCUACUCGAGGCUGAAGCCCGGAACCGAGACCUAGAGGCGCAUGUUCGGCAGCUACAGGAGCGGAUGGAGCUGCUGCAGGCCCCGGGAGCCGCAGGCGAGUCCCCCGCCACCCUGCUCCCCCGGGUGCAGAGCCUGUGUGCGACACCGUGGGAGGGCAGGGGCCCAGGCUGGGGCACGCCGCACCACCGCCCUCCUCCGCCCCUCCACGCGCCAUCUGCCUCUCUUCUCCUUCCAGCUGUCACGGGGGUCCCCAGUCCCCGGGCCACGGAUGCACUUUCCCAUCUAGAUGGCCCCCCGGCCGUGGCUCUGGGCCAGUGCCCGCUGGUGGGGCCAGGCCCCAUGCUCCGCCGCCACCUGCUGCUCCCUGCCAGGGUCCCUAGGCCUGGCCUAUCCGAGGCGUGUAGCCUGCUCCUGUUCGCCGCUGUUCUGGUUUGUGCCACCGCCCUGGGCUGCUUUGGGUUGGUGGCCCACGCGGGCCAUCUCACCCCAGCCUGGCGUUGCCCGGGAGCAGCCUUCGCCCCCUGAACCCUAGAACCCCAGACCGUCCUCGACUCAGGCCCAAUUGGAGGGUUGAGCGACCCGGGGACCGUAGAAGACGCUCCCACCGCGUCCCCGCCUACCCACUUGGCGCGUGAGUCCGCGCCCAGCUCCGAUCCCGUGAUCCGGGCCCGCCCCCUGGCGGCCGGGGAAGGAGGAGCGGGUUUGUGGCCAGCGAACGGGCUCGCGCGGGUCUGAGGCUCUGCCGUGGAUGGGCGAACUGGGUCCUAAGGAGGCAUCAGGGCGGGCGCAGCCACCCGAUCGUCACCCUACACACACCCACCCACCAUCGGCUUGCAAACCACAAAUCCCCCUAGCGGGGGGGACGAGCUAUUCCUGAGGCUAACGUUCAGGGCGGCCUCCGCCUGCUCCGGGGGAUCUUGUGCUUUUGCCAGCCCUGCUUUUUCGGGGACUCCUGCGGUCCCUUUCUCACACUGCUCUCGGAGCCGCAACCGGCUCCCUCGGCCUCCGUGGCUUGAAUAUUUAUUGACCCUGUCCUCCGACCCACUGACAGGCUCCCGGACCCCAUCACCCUAAUCCACGUUUUGGAUGCACUGAGACUCGACAUUCCUCAGUAUUUAUUGUCUGUCCCCACCUAGAACCCCACCCCCGACCCUCGAGAAUAAAAGGCUCGGUAGUCUCUCCAAA